UACCAGUUAUUCAGGCGCCAUGUCACCCAGUUCGCUGAUUGUCGUUCUGAUCCUUGGCGGUUUUUGUGUCGCUGCAAAGCGAAACCCGAAAAUUGCAGGCUACAAGGACAUAGAUCUAAAGAGUCCGGAGCUUAAGAAGAUAUUGCAGUUUGUAGUUAAAGCGAAACUGAAACAGGAAAACAAGCCUGGCGUCGUGGUGAGGUUCACUCGUGCAGAGAAACAGGUGGUCGCGGGUGCAAACUACAGGCUGACAUUUCAGGCAAGGAUAUGCGAUAAAGGGAAGCCGUGCGUUCUAAAUGAUAAGAAGAAUUUUUCAUCGCAUUGCGUGGCAGUCGUCAACGACGUGCCCUGGCUGCAUUCACGGACAUUAACGUCACUCGACUGCCAAGACCCAAGGUGACUGCCUCGCUAGAAAUAAUAAAGACAUAAGUAGCCCUUGGA